AUGGGACGGCGACGCAAGGGUAAAGGCAAUCAAUCUGGUGAACCUUCCUUAAAAGGCGAAGCUUCCGACGACCCAAGUGGCAAGGCUGCAGAAGGGAUUGUACCCAUGAGAACAGUCUCUUCGGCUGAUGUUGAGUACGUAAUUUUCCGAAAAAUUGAUGAAAUUCGUACUGAACAGAUGAGGUCGGGCUUUUCGGAAUCUCGCACUCUUGGAAGUGUUUGUCCGUCGUGGCUGCCAUGUCCCGGCUACCGAUGCCAACCCAAAGGUUUAGUGAAUACACGAAACACUUGUUAUCUCCUAACCUGUCUUCAAACCCUCUUUUGUCUUCCCCCUUUCGUGUCCAUCCUACACCACAUAUCUGUGGCUGUCCACUCUUUCUUCGCGGAAGUGGGUUGUCUGCGAGAUGUGUGGUUAGAGUCCCAGGCUGAGACAGUACCCCUACUUCGUUUGCUUCUAUUGCACUUGGACGAACGAACUCCCUACAAACCCACUGAAGUUCGAACCGGUGAACCGAUUUUGCCAAAUGAUUUUGGCUACCUCCCCACGGGGAAACCACUCAGUCUUGAUCCAAAAUUCUUUACUGUGCUCAAUUUCGAAGUGGGGUGUGAACAGGAUGCUGCUGACUGCAUGUCACGACUGAUCACACAAGUGCACGAGGAGAUGGCCACGCUUCUGCGCAAAUUCAAGCAGCCCAAAGACGAGGCCUCCACCGAAGACAAUGGCGAUGAUGACAAUGACGGCUGGACCACAGUGACAAGCGAGGGCAAGAAAAUUAAGGAGGCGCGUCAUGCUCAAGUGGAUAACGGGGAGGUGACUCCGAUUUCUCUCUUCUUUGGUGGGACACUGGUUUCACGCUCCUCGUACCAGAAGAACUCUCGCCUACCAAAUAAGUUGGCGAUUGAUAUGAAGGAGAGGUUCUUUGUUCUUCCAAUCGAACUUCAAGAUCCUCAGGCAUGGAUAAUUGAAUUUGUGGGAUGCCUCGAAGAUGGAUUCCAAUUUCUCUCUAGAGGCGAAGUACUCUCCGACUUCAAGGAUCCUGUGACUGGCCUCUGCGUGAUUAUGAAUCGUCGCGUCUUUAUUGAUCGACUUCCUCCCAUCCUCCUAGUUCAACUCAAACGCUUCCUUUACGACUCUAACAAGGGUGGCAUUCAGAAGGUGCUUAAACAUAUUCCCAUUCACCGUCGUCUCCAAAUCGUUGACUCCAUUGUCUCGAAGGAGCGGACCUUUUCCAAGGCUCAAGGCGCGUACAAACUGAAAGCCGUGGUCUUUCACAUCGGUUAUAAUGCGGAGCGAGGUCACUACACAGCCGCCACAGUGACUCAGACCAAUGAAGUACUAUACUACGACGACUUGAACGUCUUUCGGCUUGGACAGGAGGAGGAUGUUUGGAUGGAUAUGUUUGCUUCACAUAGGCCCUUCGACACACACAGCGCGCGCUGCCGACCCUUGCCACGCGCACAGUCCACUUCUGUGGCGGCGGGCGCGGCUCUGAAUCGCCCGCCGAGUAUCGGGGAGCAGCCGCGGACGCCCUACCUCCUCGUCUAUGUUUCGUGCUUUCAGCAGCAGUCACAGCGGCAACAACAGAGACAAUAA